AUGGAAGCGACAGCAUACACGAAUCGCGAGGCUUCCAAACAGCAGACGGCCUCAUCGUUCGAGACCGAGGAGCAAGCGCAGUCUCCCGAGCGUCCGUCAUUUCGAACUCUGCAGAAAUGGCUCCGCGACGAUACCAGAGCGUAUGAAGCUCAAGAAGACCAUCUUCGACGACUUGAGCUGACGCCACCCAAACGCAUGACUGUUGCAGAGCGUCAAAAGGUCGUCAAUUGGGACUAUGCCGUGAUCAGGAGCUGUAAGGAGCACGCCGAGAUCUUGCGCACGAUCAAAAAUGCGACCUUCGAGGAGGAGAGGGCUCGGGCGAUGAUCCAGGAGCUAGCUCUCUGCGCUGGUACCUUGGAGCGACGCGCGAUGAAGCUGGCGGACAGGCUUGCCGACGAGCUGGGUGCGCUGGAGGACGAUAUUGGUGGGGAAAGUGUUGGCUCGGAGGACGGUCCGCCGCACGACGAGAACUCCGUCGAUGGCAACCGCGAUCAGGAGAGGAGCGGACAGGGUGAGGACCGACCGCGGAGAUCGAGCGAAAUCUCGAAUGUGGCAGUGAUUGGUUCGAGGGGCGAGGAUGCUGCUCCAGACGACGAUGAUGCGGAAUCAUCAGACACCGAUAGCGAAGAGAACGCCCAACGGAGGUGGAAGGCAUGUGUCGGGCAAGGUCCUACUUCGCCCGUCCGUCUUCUGUUCAUGAAAUGA